CGGCGUCUCUCCUCGCGGCAGGCGCGGUGCCCGCCAUCGCCGGGGCGCAGCGUGUUCCGUGUGCCCCGAGCCCAUCGGCCCUUCCCGAGCCUCUCCCGCUGAGCCGGGCCCGGCCCGCGCCCCGUGCGUCAUGGCCGCGUACAAGCCAGUGGUGGUCCAGGCGUGCCCCAAGCUCGGGGAGAAGAUCACGCAGGACACGCUGUACUGGCGGGGAUACAAGACACCUGUUCAGAUAAAGGAAUUUGGUGCAGUAAAUAAAAUUGACUUCUCCCCAGUCCCGCCAUAUAACUACGCAGUCACCGCAUCCUCUAGGGUAAGUGGCUUUUCCGAGGCUUUUAUGCUCUUGUCUUUCAGCUGGUGUCACACAGGGAGAUGUAACGCGCUCUUGUUUUCCCAGAUCCACAUCUAUGGCCGUUACUCCCAGGAGCCCAUCAAGACGUUCUCUCGCUUCCGGGACGCCGCCUACUGUGCCACCUACAGGGACGACGGGCGCCUGCUCGCCGCCGGCAGCGAGGACGGCAGCAUCUGCCUCUUCGACGUCAGCGGCAAAGCACCGCUGAGGCAGUUCGAGGGUCAUACCAAACCAGUUCAUCUAGUGGGCUUCCUGUCUGACAAAUACCGAAUAUUUUCUGGUGGUGAUGAUUAUUCAUCAAAUUUGUGGGAUAUUCCAAGUGCCACAGAAAUCAUAUCUUACAGUGAACAUACUGACUAUGUGAGAUGCGGCUGUGCAAGUAAAGUGAAUGCAGAUGUCUUCAUAACAGGUUCCUAUGAUCACACUGUGAAGCUGUUUGAUGCACGAACAAAGAGUAGUGUCUUGACAAUAGAACAUGGCCAUCCUGUGGAGAGUGUGCUUCUGUUUCCAUCUGGUGGACUUUUAGUAUCUGCAGGAGGUCGAUAUGUCAAAGUUUGGGAUGUACUAAAAGGUGGACAGUUACUAGUUUCACUUAAAAAUCACCAUAAAACUGUAACUUGUUUGUGCCUGAACAGCUCUGGACAAAGGUUAUUGUCAGGAUCCCUGGACAGGCAUGUGAAGAUCUACAGUACUACAUCCUACAAAGUAGUCCACAGCUUCAACUAUGCAACAUCCAUCCUCAGUCUUGCGUUGUCGCCUGAAGAUGAAACCAUAGUUGUAGGCAUGACCAAUGGGGUGCUGAAUGUUAAACACAGAAAACCAGAAGAAAAGAGUGAAAACACUCAAAAGAAGAGACAACCAGCAUAUAGAACCUAUGUGAAAGGAAGAACUUACAUGCCAAAACAGGAAGAUUUCUGUGUCAGCAAACCUGUAAAACGUGUUUUGAGAAAAUACGAUAAGCUGCUGAGGAGUUUUCAAUCUUCCAAGGCUCUUGAUGCAGUAUUGGAGCCACCCAUCAUGCUUCAUACUCCUGAAGUCACGGUUGCAGUCAUGCAGGAACUACAUCGCAGAGGAACACUGAGAAGUGCCCUUGCAGGCCGGGACGAGAAGCAAGUUAAUCUCCUGCUUACCUUUGUGGCAAGGCGUGUGAUUGAGCCUAGAUUUACUCCUGUGCUGGUGACUGUUGCUGAUAUGAUCACUGAUAUUUAUCAGCCUGUGGUUGGGCAGUCAGCAAUAGUUGAUAAACAGUUCUUGAAACUUCAGGAAGCCAUUGGAAAAGAAAUUGACUAUCAAGAAGAACUACUAGAAGUUCUGGGAAUGAUGGAUACACUGUUUGCUACUUUUACUAAGAAAAAAGAUACCUGUCUAGAAGAGAACAAAAGUAAUGGUGUUACAGAGAUCAUUGAAACAAAUAUGAAUUUCUGACACCCAUCACAAAAAAUUUCACAAUUGUGAACUUGAAAGAUGACCUAUUCUCCUGGUAACUUCUUAUACUAGUGACUUUCAAAAUAAGCUUCUCUAUGUUGAAGUUAUGUUUUUUAAACUGUGUUGCUGAAUAGGCUUGAUUACUGAAGACAGAGAAAGAGGACAUUUUCAAGAUUGUCCAUACAAUAUUUUUCAAACAAUUUAGUUUUAAAGUUUUAAAGUUUUAUUUCAGAGUUACACAACUUAAGGAUUUAUAUGGCCUGAUUUUCAGUAGCAGCAGGGCUGCAGGGGUGGCUUCUGUGAGAAGCUGCCAGAAGCUUUCUUCAUGUUUGGCAGAACCAGUCCCUGGUGGCUCCACAGAUGGAUGUGCUGCUGGCCAAGGCUGGGCCAACUAGAAAUGGUGAUAACAAAGUUAUUGUGCAGUUGUAAUUGCAGCCAGAGAAGAGCAGAGUGAGAAGAUGUGAGAACAACCACCCUGUGGACACCAGGGCCUGUGAGGAAGGAGGGGCAGGAGAUGUUCCAGGUGCCGAGAUUCCCCUGCAGCCCAUGGUGAGACAGCCCAUGGUGAGACAGCCCUGCCACUGCAGCCCGUGGAGAUCCAUGGGGAAUGCAGAGAUCCAUCUGCAGCCCAUGGAGGACCCCAUGCUGGAGCAGGUGGAUGCUCCAGCAUGGGGAGGAGAGGAGGCUGUGACCCCAUGGGAGACCCAUGGAGAGAGGGGCCCUGCUCCCAGGCUGGAGCAGCCUGUCCUUGGAGGACUGCACCCCGUGGAAGUGUGAGCCACAGCACUCAAGUGUGAGCUGCAGCACUCUGGGGAGGACUGCUGCCCGUGGGAUGGACUCACACUGCAGAAGUUCAUGGAGAUCUGUCUCCCGUGGGAGGGAACCCCACGGUGCUGCAGGGGAAGGACUCCUCUCCCUGAGCAGUGGGAGAAGCCACAGGUCCUGAGCUGACCUAACCCCUGUUCCCUGCCUCUGUGCCACUGGGGGAGGAGAUGGAGGUGGGAAGCAGGGAGGGGUGGGGGAAAGGUGUUUUUAAGGGUUUCUUUUACUUCUCAUUGUCCUGCUCUACUUUUGUUUAGUAAUAAAUGUAAUUAAUAUCUCUAAGAUGAGCCUGUUUUGCCCAUCAUGGUAUUUUAUGAGUGAUCUCUACUGCUCCAUAUCUCAACCCAUGAAUCCUUUGUAAUAUUUUCUCUCCUCUGUCCAGCUGCAGAGGUGAGUGGGAGAGCAGCUUUGUUGGCUGCCUGGUGUCUGGCCAGCACCAUCUUGAUACAGUUGUGUGUUCAGUACUGUCAGCAGUCAACAGUUUUCUGUUUUUAUUUCCCAGAAAAUAAUUGAUGUUUGUGUAAUUUUAAUGUGUCACUGUCCUUAUUUAAGGUUAAUAGCCAAUCUCACAACAUUGGAAAAGCAAAGAAAACAGGAUACACAUUUGGUAACACUUGACUACAUUGCUUUUUCUCUCCCUGCUUCAUGUCCAUUUAAGAUUACCAUGCAUUCACAGUGCACAGCAGAUUGACUCAAGAAGUGCAUGCUUAUGUAUAUUGUAAAAGUUUAGUUUAAUUUUUUUAAUGAUGCAUAAUGUAAUGAGUGAAGUGCACACCAGUAAGAAAAAUUCAAGUUAAAUAUCAAAACUAAAUUUUUGUGUGUUUCUGUCACUUUCAAUGUGCGCAGUAUGAUGGAAUUUGAGUCUGUUGUUUGAAUGCUAGGAUAGUGGUAUAUUUUAACUUCAAGCAGGGCUGGAUCAAUAUGACUGCAUUGGAAAGAGGUGUGCCAAAUGCUGUUGAGUAUAUGUAGUAUGAUACUAGGGUAGAACUUUGUUCUUAACCUGUUCCAUGCCUUGAAUUUUCCCCAGGCCUGGAAUUUCUCAUAACAGGAAUUUCUUGCAAAAUUAAUUUGGUCAUGUUUGACGUUAAAAAGCAGAUAGCAGCUAGAAUAGUUUUGCAAGUUCUACCUAAAAUCUUAACAAUUGUGACUGAAAAGCGUGGAGUGCUGUCUGGUCUGCCCUUAAAUUACUGUGUGGACAAUGUAUGUUCUUGACUAGUAACUGGGAUUUACUAGUUUUGAAUACUUAGAAUGAUAACAUAAUAAUGAGAAACAUGUUCAAGCAAA